CGGACGAGGCCAUGUUCCAAACGCGCGCCGCAUACCCUUCACCACCCGCGUCACAACAAACCUCCACCAACGGCUCUCCCACUCCCGAUGGAAUGGACUCGAGCGCACACACCGAAAAAGAUGGUCAGCCACCUGCUAAGCGGAGGAGGAUCUCAAAGGGGCGCACCACGGAACAGUUGAACCUGCGCGGGGAGAGCAUACACCCGGAUGAACAAGACCAAUUGGACCGCUUGAUGCAGGUCCUUCACAAACGACAGAAGAUUGUGGUUAUUGCCGGCGCGGGCAUCUCUGUCUCUGCAGGAAUCCCUGAUUUCCGCUCAUCUGGAGGCCUCUUCCGAAGUCUCAAGGAAGAAUACAACCUCAAGGGAUCUGGAAAGAAUCUAUUCGACGCGUCUGUCUACCGCGAUGACAACUCCACUUCGUCCUUCCACGACAUGGUCAGCACAAUGUCGAAACUCACCAAAGACGCGAAACCCACAGCCUUCCACCAUAUGCUCGCCACCAUCGCACAAGAAGACCGACUACUCCGCCUCUACUCACAGAACGUGGACGGGAUUGACACGUCACUGGAUCCUCUCAAGACCUGCACACCUCUCGCCAAGGAAGCCGACGGAAAAUGGCCGCGCACAGUCCAACUUCAUGGCGGACUCUCCAAAAUGGUCUGCUCGAAAUGUCACGAACUCUCCGAUCUCGAUCCAGAAUUGUUCGACGGUCCCAUUGCACCACUCUGCCCGAGAUGUGAGGAGAUUAAUGAUAUCCGCACCAAUCACGAAGGCAAGCGCAGUCAUGGAAUCGGCCGAUUGCGCCCGCGAAUGGUGCUCUACAACGAACACAACCCGGAUGAUGAAGCGAUUGGUGCAGUGACGAAGGAGGAUUUGCGCAAACGUCCCGACGCGGUCAUUGUCGUCGGCACAACAUUGAAGGUUCCUGGAGUCCGUCGCAUCGUCCGCGAAAUGUGCGCCACAGUCCGCGAUCGUCGAGGUGGUGUCACAGUCUGGAUCAACAACGACCCACCACCCGUCUCCAAAGACCUCGAAGACUGCUGGGACAUCAUCGUCAACGGCACCAGCGAUGCCGUCGCCCGCCAUGCUGCAAUGCGCCAGUGGGAUGACCCCGUCCUGUCCGAAGACUACGCCGAGAUUAGCGAAGAGGCGGCUAGGAAG